AUGCCCGAUGUCGUAAGUCCUUGCCUUAAGUUCUUGCUGUACAUCUGGGACCUGGGGACCAAACUCCAGAACCACGGAGUCGGAUUCCAGGUCAGAACAGCUAGAUGGACGUGGGAUACGAGAGAGAAAACACACUUCCACAUCCCCGGCCUACUCUUUGCCGACGACCUCGUCCUGAUGGCGAGGAACCACAAUGACUUGGCGGGACUCCUUGAGGUCACCACAGAAUAUGGAAACCGGAAUAAACUCCUAUUCAAUCCGGAGAAGAGUGCCGUCGUGAUCUACGCGCCCCACGAAGUGGGUAGGGAGAAAACAUUGACCAUACAAGGCCGAACCAUCCCAGUUGCAAAAAACUAUAAGUACCUGGGGAUAACCCUAUCCGACUCCAGAAACUACCUCAAUGAACAAGAGGAAGCCUGGGCGAUGUGGACGAAUUCCGCCCUGCAUGCAAUGCAUGCUACGUCUCCCUGGGGUUUCAACCGAUUCGAAACCGCUAGAGUGCAGUGGAAAGCAACCGCCAUCUCGAAACUCACCUAUGCUUACUCGGUCUUGGUGAGGAGCGCCAAUUUGAGGGACACCCUGGACAGAGCCCGGCGGAAAGCCGGGAAGUGGGCACUAGGGAUUCCAGGGUCGAGAGUAUCGAACGAGCUCGUCGACAGCGAACUUGGACGAUCAUCCUUCGAAGCGAGGGAUGCCCAGAGCAAACUGAGAUACUUCGAAAGAAAGAGAUCGAUGUCUGAAAGUAGAUGGCCGAAAGCGACCUUGAGAAUUAUGAAGCUCACUAAGAAGAAAGCCAAGGCGUACCAGGAGACCGUACGACUUCGAGCAAAAUACAAGUGCUGA